GCCGAAGACUGGCCUUCUGUCCGCCGUAGUAGAUUGGAGCUAGACAGUGAACCUCAGCUCCAGCAUCACCGACAGCUGCUUGCUCUAUCACUACGACGGGUGCAACAAUGCCCGCUUUGUCAGCACAGUGACCUCAUGUCCUUCGUCUGUCCACAGUAGUCCCUAACCCACUUUCCAUCACCGAAGGGCGGACCCCGCAUCUUUGCAUCCUUAGGGCCCCGCUCGCGAUGAUGACUCAAUCUUGAAGCUGACGACGUACAUACCACAUUAGGAAUUGGGAUUGUCAAGAGCGACUUCCCCAAUCACAAAAGGUUGCUUUCCAUUAUAGUCAUCAGAGGCGAUAACUGCUACAGUGAACGGUCAAGGCAUCACCUCGUUUGAGUCAAGACAGAACCCUGGUACGGUCAACACCAAGACAUCACGUCACCAUGGUGGGCUUAGACACAGUGAAGCUCGACUUCACCACCCUCGACGUCUUCACGGGCACCCGCUUCCUGGGCAACCCGCUCGCGGUGGUCUUCGUGCCCCCCGCCCUACGGGAGCGGCUCGACCAGGCGACCAAGCAGCGCAUCGCGCGGGAGUUCAACCUGUCGGAGACGGUGUUCCUGCACAUGCUAGAGAACGAGCCGAACCGUGACUACACGGCGCGCGAGAUCGACAUCUUCACCAUCGACGAGGAGCUGCCCUUCGCGGGCCACCCAACCAUCGGCUCCGCCUACCUGGUGCUACAUCAGCUCGGGUGGAGCCACGUCAACACGCUGCUGACCAAGGCCGGGCCGAUCCACAUCGAGGCGCUCGGCCAUGGCGGCGCCGCCGUCCGCGCGGCGAUCCCCCACGCCGUGCACAUCCACCAGCAAACCCUGGGCAAGCUGCUCGAGUCACCCUCCACCGCCGGUGAGGCGGCCAGCGCCAUCAAGAACGGCCUCUCGGCCGACUCUGAGAUCCGCGAAGCCGAGCUGGCCGCGCCCGCGGUGAGCAUCGUCAAGGGCAUGACCUUCCUGCUGGUGCGCCUCCCGAGCCUGGCGCACCUUGCGCGGGCACUGGAGGCGAAGAACCGGCUGGACUUCUCCCAGAUCCCGGAUCUGCUGGACCGGGGGGAGUGGCACAAGAGCUUUGUCGCGCGGUAUUACUACGUCCCGAUGGGCAGCAGCCCGUCGGAUGCGGAGGACGGGAGCAAGAACUUUGAGCUGCGGACGCGCAUGGUCGAGCUAGGGUUCGAGGACCCGGCCACGGGGAGCGCGGCGUCCACGUUGGCUAGUUACCUGGCCAUCAGGGAGAAGGCGGAGAAGGGCGCGCAGUUUGCCAUCACGCAGGGCGUGGAGAUGGGGCGGCGGAGUGAGAUUGCUGUUGAUGUGGUUGCGAAGACGGAGGCGGGGUCCAGUGAGGUGCAGAUUAAGGAGGUUUACUUGGGUGGUACGGCGGUUGUGGUCAUGAGUGGACGCAUAUCGGUCUGUAGACCACCCAUACGCGCCCUUCCGCACCGUCCUGAAGGAUCUAGCCUACACAACAUCAUCUUUUUUCUAGAGAAGCUGUGCAAUACAUUCAGGAUGUUGUGCGCACUUUCGGGCGAGGUUCCGGAGGAGCCUGUGGUGUCCAAGAAGACAGGAACCGUGUUUGAGAAGCGCCUGAUCCUCAAGUACAUCGAAGAGAACGGAAAGGAGCCCGGCACCGACGACGAGCUCGACCCCGAAGACCUGCUCCCGGUCAAGACAAGUCACGUUGUCCGACCACGACCGCCACAGUUCACGUCUCUUCCGUCGAUGCUCAAGGCCUUCCAAGACGAGUGGGACGCCCUGGUGCUGGAGACAUACAACACGAGGGAACAGCUGGCUCGGACGAGGGAGGAGCUGGCCACCGCCCUCUAUCAGCAUGACGCCGCCGUGCGGGUCAUUGCGCGCCUGACCAAGGAGCGGGACGAGGCGCGAGACGCCUUGUCCAAGGUCACCGUCGCCCCAACCGCAUCGGCUGGAGCCGCUAAUGGCGAUGCCAUGGCGGUGGAUAACGAGGGCCUCCCGGAGAGCUUGGUGGAGCACGUGCACGAACUGCAACAACAAUUGAUGAAGGGUCGCAAGAAGCGCCCCAUUCCCGAGGGAUGGGCCAGCUCGGACGAAGUCGCUGCCUUGCAACAAGCGGCUUACACAGAUCUGGCCGUCUCGCAAGCGUCGUCCCUCGAUGUCGAGACCGAGUCCGACUACGCGGUCGUGGGUGGCCUGGACGGCAAGGCCGACAUCUACUCGAUUCAGGCAAAUAAUGUGGAAAGAUCACUCGAUAUUGGCGAGCCAGUUACCGCCACCGUUUGGACAGGGAGUAAGGUUAUAUUGGCGACCUCUAAGGGAUCCGUCAAGGUGUUUGACAGUGGCAACGAAACGGCGUCCUUCCAGGUCCAUGCAGGCGCUGUGACUGGUCUGGCCGUACACCCUGGCGGACGGAUCUUGGCAUCAAUUGGUGUGGACAAGAGCUUUGUCUUCUACGAUCUCGAGUCCUUGGAAAAGGUCUCGCGGGUAUACACGGAUGCUGCGCUUACUGCUUGCGCAUUCCACCCCGAUGGCAACCUCUUCAGCGCCGGGUCACAGACGGGCGACAUCAAGAUAUUCAAGACCGACACGGGCGAACAAGCCGAAACCUUCAACCUCGGGACCCCGGUCCAGACCGUCGUCUUUUCCGAGAACGGGUUUUUGUUCGCUGCGUCUGGGAAGGGCCAGUCCACGACCACCGUUUUUGAUCUCCGGAAGUCGGGCCCCGCGGCCCAGGUCAAGGAACUGCAGACCGGUGACGCCCAGGCCUUAGCAUGGGAUUACACCGGCCAGUACCUUGCCACGGCCGGGUCAACUGGUGUGACGGUGCAGAUGUAUCAGAAGAGCUCCAAGUCGUGGUCCGAGCCGUUCAGAACCAGCGCGCCCGCUGUUGCCCUUCGGUGGGGUGCUCAGGCCAAAUCACUCGUCGCGGUGAGCAGGGAGGGCGUUGUGUCGGUGCUUCGGCCCAAGGAGGAAUGAUCAAGGGGAAGAGGGGUUUAGAACGGCUUGUCUCAUAGUGAUCUGUGGUGUGUGUGUGCUGGCUUCUGGCGCCUGAAAAUUUGAUACCUCCAUUGGAAGACUAAUCGAAUCUUUUUGCACAUGCGGUGAACCGAACUUCGCGAGGCACUGUUUCGCAGGCAGGAACAUUUGUUGGUUACACCAAGAGGCCGGGACGGUGAAAGGCUAAACAGACUGUGCUUGUUUGUACUCUCCCUGGCGAUGCCCAUUCCAAAAUACUAGCGAAACCCAU